CGGUGAAGUACUACCAGAUUGGUGGCUUCAGAGCGCACUUGCAAUGGUUCAAGGAUGACACUAGCAGGGAUGGCCUGAUUGAACGCCUCAUGCGCAUGUUCCGAGACGACGGCGAUCUUGUGCUUGGAAUCCGGCCUAACGGCGCAUCGUCCUUGCUGCUCCCAGUCGAUCGGUACUUUGACCUUCGCCUCGGUCCGUAUCCGCGACAGCCCCCGUGGGACGCAGGCGAGUUCGAGUCUCUUUCACCCAUCCAGUUCGGCGAGAGAAAGGAGCUGGUGGAGAAGCUAUCGUCCCUCGUAAGCAACAGGAAAAACAAGAACGAGGCCCCUCGCGAUCGGAGUAGGGCGAACACGGAAUUCACCGCAGGCGGGGAUGGCAAGAGUCAAAGUGGGGAGGAUAGAUCCUCCUUCGAACAUCAGCGGGUGCUAUACCGCCUUCUACAGAAGUCCAUCGCACAUCCCGAGCACUUCGCUGUCAGCUGGCCCCCCUGGUUCGGCGAUGUUCAGGUCUACUCCUUCGCAUUCAACUUAUGGGGCGGGGACAAGCGCGCGUUGGACGUACGGAUGGCUGACCCUCGAGUCCUCGACGUGGGGUGGACAGAGUUCGACCCGCCCUCCGAUGAUGAUGAUUUGAAGGCGGUGUCAACCACCCACUUGACCGUUGAGGAGGAGCGCUAUCUCGCAAAUCCUGGGAGAACACGACUGAACCUCCCAGACAUCACCCAAGUCAUGCCUCGAGCCGAGGUUUCUAAUCUGCUACAGACAAUGUUCGCUCCACAGCAAGGGGAAGAAGGCUGGUCACCGAAGCUGCUCCUAGUUCACGACGAGAAGAUGACGAAGCGUGUCCUCAGUAGUCUUGGAGUUGAUACGUCAAGAUGGGCUAGUGGGAUCAAGCAUCUACUGUACAACUCGAGCGGCUCGAGUCGGAAUGGCCGGAAUGAUGUCCAGCCAGGACAUCGCGACUCCCGUAGCAAAUGGUCCAGGGAGCGUUCGCGAUCUCCGGGGAGAUGGAGGGCGAAUGAACGUGACCUCCGUCCUCGGUCUCCAGGCCCGCACCGCACCGAGGCCGCCCCGGUGUACAUUAUCGAUGCAGGCGUUCUCUAUCGGCACCUAAUGAAGGUUCCUCCUGGGCAGCACGAUUCGAUCCUGUUGAUUGCCAAAGCACUCUCUGUCAAGGACACCGCGCUCCGUAGAGGCGAGGAUGACCAAGUCAUCUACGAAGAGAUCGAUCCGAAGGAAUGGUGUGCUGGAAGGGAAAGCAGGCUGCUUGGGUACAUAUGGGAAAGCAUGGCUGUUGGUACCGCGAUCGACGAACAACGAGCGUUCCGAAUUAGAUUCGUCAGGGAGGACCUGCUUGCGGCGGCCUCCGUACUACCAAACGCGCAUUCGACGCGGACUGACGACGGCGACGUCGAUCCCAACGAUCUCAUACAACCUGUGUUACCCGGGUCAAGGCAGACGCGAGUGAAUUCUCUGCAACCAUCGGGACUGUUUGAUUCGGAUGACGAAGAAUGGGAGGAUGACUAGCUUCGGACCUCGGUACCCUCGCAAGCUGUAGCAGAUUUUGACAUUGCCAUCUCAUACCAUGUAUCUCGCAUCAUAUUGUAAUACAUACAAAGCGAACCCG